AUGUCUGACGAGGAAGAUUAUCAGGAUAUGGGCCAUGAUGAUUAUGGCGGAGAUGAGGACAUGGAUGAUCUUGAUGUAAAUCAAUUAGGAGAUGACGAAGUAGAAAAUCUUGCUAUUCUAAGUUCGGAUCAGAAGACAGCGUCAACUGAAAAGAUAACAACUCCUUUUAUGACAAAGUAUGAACGUGCUAGGAUUCUCGGUACCAGAGCAUUACAAAUAGCUCUGGGAGCUCCUGUGAUGGUAGAAUUAGAAGGUGAGACAGAUCCUCUUGAAAUUGCUAGAAAAGAAUUGAAAGAACAAAAAAUUCCAAUUAUCAUUAGACGAUAUUUACCAGAUGGAAGUUUCGAAGAUUGGGGUGUUGAUGAAUUGUUUAUAAACUAUUUCUAA